ACCCGCAAUUGGGCAAUGGGGGCAGAAAUUAUGGAUAUAUGCAUUGAUAAGGAGCAUGAUUUUGCCAUAGCUUAUCAGAAUGGGGCUUCCCGUGAUCCAGAUCAACCUGCUGUGAUAAAUCAAGAUAAAUGCAUGAAUCCUACGAGCCAAUCACUGUUGAUGCUGAACAACUGAGUGUGGAAGGGAGCACUGAGUUGAAGGAGUAUGAAGUGAAGGAAUGCACAACUGAAGUUGUUGUUAAGACUAUUGAGUUUUCCCUUGUUGGACAAAGUAAAGACCACCAGUCUGCAG